UAGUGUAGGUAAGGUUUAAUGAGACUCCAUUGGAUUGUAAUCAGCGUCAUGUCGGAUUUAUGUAAACUACAACAUUGUAACAAAAUGGCGACUGUUUAGGUCACGUCAUUAAUGCAGGCAGCAAUGUUUUUUCCUACAACUCAACUGAUACAAGCAAGUUAUCAUUUGGAUCUUGAAGGAACUUACGUCAUUCGAAGGAAUCGUGUUCCAGGUCGGUCGUUAACUGUCCCAACCUUCGAGGAAUUUACUAUCUAGCUACUUUCAUCUUAUUUUGUGAGGUUACAUGUGAGCUUCUACCUUGGAUGAGGAUUUACAGCAGGAAUGUAUUGAUGCCGAGGUGGAACAUUACUUUUUGACCUUCAAGAUGUGUUGGAUGUAUCAAAUGUUUCACAACAACAAGGGAUAUUCUCUAUGGAUCACUUUUUCCUAAAUCUCAUUGUUUAACCAUGGUGGAACUUGCUAACCCUCUCUAUACGGAGUGGAUUCUAGAAGCAAUACAGAAAAUUAAAAGGCAAAAACAGAGGCCUUCCGAGGAGCGGAUUUGUCAUGCGGUGGCGACCUUACACAGAUUGGACAAGAGGACCGUUCUGGAGCAGUUGGAGUUAAGUGUUCACGAUGGUUCCAUUCUCAAAGUCACCAAUAAGGGGAGCGUGUCGUACAAGGACCCUGAGCACCCUGGGAGAGGAGUAUCUUCAUCAACAACAUCGCUCAAACCUGUUAGUGCAAACCUCUCUGUCCCAUUGUCUAAAGGAUCUAUAUGGAAUCCCAGUGAACUUCGCCACGUUGACUGGAAUAAAAUUCUGAGGAGGGCCAUCGAAGGUCUGGAUGAUAACCACGGUUCCUCUCUGAAGAACAUCCAGAGGUACCUAAGGAACCAGGAUGAUCUAUCACACGUCCUGGACAACCCGGGGUUUCAGCAGAGGUUACGACUGUCCGCCAAACGGGCAGUCAACAAUGGCCGGCUGGAGAAGAACGGCCCGCUCUACAGGUUAAACCAGGGGGGUAGUGGAGUGGAGGGGAGGAGCCAGAGGUGUCCAGGUGCUUCCCCAUUGGCUCUUCAGUGUGUCACUCUUCUUCCACAUGAGAGCGACCAGCUACGCGCUGACCCCAUCCCAAUAUGCAGUUUCUGUUUGGGAACGAAAGAGUCCAAUCGGGACAAGAGGCCAGAGCAGCUUCUCUCCUGUGCAGACUGUGGGAGCAGCGGGCACCCAUCUUGUCUGAAGUUCUCCCCAGAGCUGACCACAAAUGUGAAGAGAUUGCGAUGGCAAUGUAUAGAAUGUAAAACCUGUAGCUCCUGUCGAAUACAGGGCAAAAACGCUGACGAGAUGCUGUUCUGUGACUCUUGUGAUCGGGGGUUUCACAUGGAGUGCUGCAACCCACCACUCUCAAGGAUGCCAAAAGGUACCUGGGUCUGCCAGGUCUGCAGGCCCAAGGAAAAUGGAAAGAAACUGCUGCAUAAGAAAGCCGAUGAGAUCAAACGUCGAUAUGCAAAGCCAAUCGGGAGGCCCAGAAAUAAGCUCAAACAUAGAAUGUCUGUAAGCAGUGGUGACGGCUCCAUGCUAGCCCGGGGAGGAAGGGGGUCACCUGGUAGGGGUCAAAAGCUUACCGUCUGUUCCACACCUUCAUCUGGUCAUGCAGCAUCUGUGAAGGACGCCACAGACUUAUUGGCUGUUGCUACAUCAAACCCCUGUUGGGCCGGUGACGCUGUCACCUUCACCACCCAAUUCACCACCUCUUCCACCCCCUCCACCACCCCCCCCCUCACGCCCACCUCGUCCUCCUCCACCCCAGCAGUUACACUCACUGUUAACAAGAAAACCAAAGGGCUUAUCGAUGGGCUUUCCAAAUUCUUUACCCCCUCGCCUGUCGGCCGCAGGUCGUCGCGAGCCUGCGAAAUCUUAGACCCCUCUGCCCUGAAAGGGUCACAGUCUUGUUGUCCUGCUAGGAAAAAGCCGGGCACUCCGCCGAAACUAUGGAAACUCAGUCCGUCUCAGUCAGUCGUUGGCUUAGCUGCAAAGUCUGAUACAACUCCAAGUCAAAAGCUAACCACCACCACCAUUUCUCCCUGUACACUCCCUCUCCUCCCCCCACCCACGUCACUUGGACAUAGCCCCACCACCUCCCUGGUCUCCUCCAGCUCCACCUCCGUUAACUCCCCCCAGAGUUCUUCCAGCCAGUCUAGCGUCCCCUCCAUCACCAGUCUCUCUAAUCACAACCAACUUAAGGGACUCUUUGACGGACUCUCCCAUAUCUAUGCCACUCAGGGACAAUCUCGGAAAAAGGGACUGCCUUGCUACGCACCACCUAAGCGCAGACACCGUAAGCAGGACUUAGGGUCCUGUGCCACCGCGUCCAAAACAUAUUCUCUCAUUCCCCAUCCUCCCCAACAGCGCCUCGGAAAGAAAGAGAUGACAAAUAAUAGGUUGUUGUUGUCGUCCCACUCCUCCUCCCAUCCCAGGCCCGGCCGGCCCAGGGGGCGCCCCUUUAAGGUGGUCAGUCACUUCAGACGUAGCCCCUUUUUAAAAAAGCACAGGACGCUAGGCAGGCUAAGAUGUAGAGUGACCCCUCAGAAGGGACCCCAGGAAACACCAGGAAAGGGAGACAUGACAGACGAAGGAAGAAUUAAGGCAGAGCAAGACCAUGGCUGUGAAGGUGAAUUGAGGGUGAAGCAGGAACCUGGCUUCGUAGCGGUCUCCAGGGAACAUGUCACAGAGGAAGACAUGGAUAUAUUCACACAGGUCCAAGAGCUCUCGUCGCAGAGAAAUGGAACCAUGACUAUCACUAACUCUGGACGAUACCCGGCCGUCAUUGAGUUUGGGAAGUAUGAAAUCCAAACCUGGCACUCAUCGCCUUACCCACCGGAGUACUCAAGAUUGCAAAAGCUUUACCUGUGUGAGUUCUGUCUGAAGUACAUGAGAUGCAAGAACAUCCUCCAGCGACACGCCAAGAAGUGUGGCUGGUUUCAACCUCCAGCCAAUGAGAUUUACAGGAAGGAUGACCUUUCAGUGUUCGAGGUUGAUGGAAAUGUUAGCAAGCUCUUCUGCCAAAACCUCUGCCUGUUAGCCAAGCUGUUCCUGGAUCACAAGACCCUAUAUUACGACGUGGAGCCUUUCCUUUUUUACAUACUAACAAAGAACGACGAGAAAGGCUGUCACCUUGUGGGUUAUUUCUCCAAGGAAAAGCUUUGCCAGCAGAAAUACAAUGUCUCCUGUAUAAUGAUCAUGCCUCAGUACCAAAGGCAAGGCUUUGGAAGGUUCCUCAUUGAUUUCAGUUACCUUCUGACAAGGCAGGAAGGACAAGCUGGCUCCCCAGAGAAGCCUCUGUCAGAUCUGGGUCGCUUAUCCUACCUGGCAUAUUGGAAAAGUGUCAUGGUGGAGUACCUCUAUAAGCAGCCAGAUAAACACAUCAGCGUUAAAGGAAUAAGCAGGGCCACUGGGAUGUGUCCGCAUGAUAUCGCCGCUACUCUCCAGCAUCUCUGCAUGAUUGACAGGCAGGACGGCAGGUUUGUGGUGAUCCGAAGAGAGCGGUUGAUCCAGAGGCACAUGGAGAAGCUGCGAGCCAGCCCCAGGCUGAAUCAGGUGGACCCUGACGCACUGCACUGGACCCCCACCCCCAGGCUGAAUCAGGUGGACCCUGACGCACUGCACUGGACCCCCAGCCCCAGGCUGAACCAGGUGGGCCCUGACACACUGCACUGGACUCCCAGCCCCAGGCUGAACCAGGUGGACCCUGACGCACUGCACUGGACCCCCAGCCCCAGGCUGAACCAGGUGGGCCCUGACGCACUGCACUGGACCCCCGCAGUGGCCCUCAACGCUGUCCUGUCUGAGGAGGAAAGAGAGGUCGAGAUGGAUGCUGAGCGACUGAAGGAGCAGGCUAGUUGGGAGAAUGAAGAGAGAGCGGUGUCCUAUCUGAUGACUAGCAUACAUCACCCUCGUCCUCCCACUAAGGUCUACAGUAAGAACCCCUUCAGAGCAUAUGAGCGUCGCCCCACAACCGCUGGAGACCAAAGACUGCACGCCUCUGAGGAAUGUAGUGAUGACGAAGAUGAGGAUGAUUCUGAUGGAUCGCCUCCCAUCCUAACGAAAGCCCAUGCUAUGUUUGGUGUCAAGAGAAAGAGAGAGAGAGCUGAGAGAGCUGUCAUGCUCAAGAAGAGAGGUCGCAAGAGAAGAAGGAUUAAUAGCAGUGUGACGACAGAGACCAUCUCUGAGACGACGGAGGUUCUGAACGAACCGUUUGACAACUCUGAGGACGAGAGGCCCAUGCCCCUGCUGGAGAGGACCUGCAGGGUGGGCGAGAUGGAGGAGGAGGGGCUGAGGAAACCAGUGAAGAGACGCAGAGGUCGUCCGCGGCUGGAGAAAACCACGGAUAGAGACAAUUGUGAACACUGGAAUGAAGCCGGUGUCCUGUCAAAGAAACUGGGCAGGCCUCGAGCGGUUAAGCGCAAGAAGGGCUGGCCUAAAGGAGUGAAAAGGGGGCCUCCAAAAUGGCGUCUGAAGAAGGAGAGGAAGUUGGGCUUCAAGCUGAACCUCUACACUCCCCCCGAGACGCCGCUGGAGGCCGAGGAACCCCACAUCCAGGCCGAGGAGCCCAAGGAGGAGCCGGAGGACCAGGACAAGGCCUCGACCAUCACGGAGGAGGAGUCAGAGUCCGGCAGAGACCUGGUCAGUCGUGACACAGUUAUGGACAAGUGCCUGCCCUCAGAGCCCCACAUUCCCAUGGAGGAAGAGAGUCCUAGUAAACUGAGCUCCCCUGGGGUAUCUCCUGUGGCUUCUCCCAUGGCCUCUUCUUCGGUAGCCUCCCCUAUGGCCUCUAGAGCUAGCUCCCCUGUCUUCUCUCCUGUUGGCUCCGCUAUGUGUUCUCCCGUCAGAUCCCCCAUCCGUGACGAGCCACCGGAGGAGGACCCACAAGCCAGUGAGCACGGGGACUCUCAAGCUCCUUCUCCAUCCAAACAGCUGGACCACAGCACUGAAAGAUCAGCCGAGGAUGAUGAAGACGAAGAGGCCACUCACCUGGACGCGGACGAUGAAGACGAGAGUCGCAUGGAGUCGACGGCAGAGCCAGAGAAAGAGGAGCAAAAGCAAGAGCCAGAGCCUUGUCAGGAGCCUCCUGAAGCGGAGUCCUGCACCACCCUGACGUUUUUACAUCCAAAUGACAACAAUAAGGAUUCUGAACGACGUCAGGAGGGGUCUGAAGGGAUGGCCUAUAGGUGUGAGGAGGAGCGGCCGGCCAACACUGGAGACGAGAGAAGAGAUGGUAUCCAGGAACAGGCACCAACCACAGUAGCAGCAGUAGACUCUGACCACCCCGUUGACUCCGAGUCAGAGGAGAGUAGCAGUCAGGAGGCUCGACACCAGUCCCAGCAGACAGAAAGGGAUAGAGAGAUGCUUGCUGCUCUGAGUCCUUCUGCUGUGCUGAGAGAUCGAGAGGAGGAUCGAGAGGAGGAUCGAGAGGAGGAUCGAGAGGAGGAUCGAGAGGAGGAUCGAGAGGAGGAUCGAGAGGAGGACCGAGAGGAGGACCGAGAGACGGCCCAGGCCGUGCAGAGCCUCACCCAGGAGACAGAGCGCGACACAGAGACACUGCAGGACAGCUCCAGCUCGGUGUUCCACCAGGAGGCGAGCCACAGCCUGCAGACCCACCCUAUGGUCCCCCAUAGCCCCCCUCACACCCUAACCUCGCUGGACGAAGGCUGCCCACAGUCGGACCACAGCAGCCCCCUGUCCUCGGCCCACUCCCACCCCAGCCAGUCGGUGCGCUCUGUCAGCAGCCCAGCGUUGUCCAUCCUGGAGAGUAGCAGAGGCAGCAGCAGUGGAGGAAGUGGCGCAGGAGGAGGUUACACACAGAUCAGCCCUGACCACGGCUCCAGCGGCGGAGCCUCCAUCUCAGUCCCCUCCUCCCUUCACAACAUGGAGACCAGCCCCAUGAUGGACGUGCCGUCGGUGUCGGACCACUCAUCCCAGCAGGUGGUGGACAGCGGCUUCAGCGACCUGGGCUCCAUCGAGAGCACCACAGAGAACUAUGAGAACCCCAGCUCCUACGACUCCACACUGGGAGGCAGCAUCUGUGGCGGUGCCGGGGGUCCGGGCGGACCUGGGGGCCCCCCCCAGAACAGCUGUUCCUACGGCCCCCUCCCCCCCAGUGGCCUGGUGCAGAGCAGCUGUGCCGUCAGCCAGCAAAUGGGGGGUGUAAACUCUGGAAGCUGUGGCAUGAUUCAGCAGAAUAGCCUGAGCUCCCCGCAGCACUGCAACGUCAAGUCACCACAGGGCUGUGUGGUGUUGGUGGAGCGACCACCGAGUAAUGGUCAGCACAGUCACAGCCAGCACAGUCACAGUCAAACAGUCAUACACAAUCCCCAUGGCCAUACUAGGCACACUAUCACUCCACACAAUCAGCAUCCGCAACAUAAUCAGCCUCACAGCGCUCCACACAAUCAACACAGCCAGAUAACGCAACACAACCCACACACACACCCUGCACACAGUCAGCCACAUGGUGUACAUCACAAUCAACACAGCCUUCACAGUCAACACAGCCUUCACAAUCAACACAAUCAACACGGUCAACACAGCCUUCACAAUCAACACGGUCAACACAGCCUUCACAAUCAACACAGCCUUCACAAUCAACACAGCCACAGUCAGCAACAGGCUAUGACACAGUGUGGCAUGCCUACCAACUUCACGGCGCCCAUUCAGCUAGCUGACAUCCCUGAGUCAGGCAACCCCAACCUGAGCAGCAUCUAUGAGAGGAUGAACCAGGAGGGCUAUGGCAGCGGUCAUUACUCCCAGCCCUCGGCCACCUUCAGCCUGGCCAAACUGCAGCAGCUGACCAACACCCUCAUAGACCACCCUCACUCUCUGCCUUUUAACCACUCUGCCUCCCACGCCCACCCUAUCACAUCCUAUGCAAACAGUACCUCCCUGUCAUCACACUCGCAGCACUCUGGCCUGGUGUCUCUGUCCCAGUCCCCCCACCCCAGCCACCCUCGCCCCCAUGGGGUCUCUCCUCUCCCCGGUGGCCCCCAGGUCCAGGUGCAGGCCACCAUGACCCCCCCUCUGACCUCCUCCCACCCCCUCAGCUCCCCACAGAUGAUGCUGCAGCGCAACACCAUGGGCAUCCCUACCUCCCAGUGGACUCUACAGGCUCAGAUGGCCCCCGGGGGACCCAAGGGCCCCACACACAUUGCCAUGCGCUCCAAGUCAGCGGCCUCUGGUCUCUCCUCCCACCCCCACCACCAGCAGCAGAUGUACAGCCACACCCGUGGGCCCCCCCAGACAGUCACCAUGCAGGCCCCCUCAUCCCGGACGCUGUCAGCCAUGCCAAGGGGCAUGAACAUGGGCACGGUCAACAUCAUGCCGGCCCCUGGCAAUCCAUACAACCAUGCUGUUAGUGUCAACUCCAUGAACAUGCCCUCUGCCUCCAUCAACCACGCCAUGAACGGCUACCAUGUCACAACCCAGGGGCCAACUAUGAUGGCGGCCAACGGUGGUUACCACAGCAACCAGAUGUCGGGCCACCAGAUGACGGCGGCCUACAUGAACCAGUCACCCGGGGCCCAGUACGCCUCUAUGCAGAUGGGCAUGAUGGGAACACAGCCAUACCCCCAGCAACCCAUGCAGGCUCCGCCGCACAGCAACAUGUACUCUUCAGCUGGUCAGCACGGAUACAUGACCAACACCGGACCUAUGUCCAAGCAGACACUCAAAGGGCCUUUCAUCAGACGGUAACCCAUGGUUACUAACCUAACGGUUAAUGAAACCGUAGCUAAUGACAAACAAACUGAAUCAAUCUGACUGGAUGUUUAAAUCACACAAAUGUGCAUUAUUAUUACUACGAGUCCUAGAUGCACAAAUUUGGCCUUUUUUUGUUUGUUGAUAAUGUUUGUUUCUUUGUUUUCAUUUUGUUUAUAGUUACUUAAAAACCAGCACUUGGAAAGAAUGCAAAAAGUUUCAUCAACAAGCAAACUUUUUACAACAAGCUACUAUCUAUGUCAAAGUAUUUUUGUUCCUAACAGAUUUGUGUUCUUUUAGGUUCUAAGCCUUACGUCAUGAAGAUAAAAAUGUAUUUAAUUAGUAUUAGUCUCCCUGGUCACUCCUUAGGGUAGAGGGGGGAGGAGACUGGGAAGAGACUUCAUCACCGGGAGUGAGUGUAGUUAUGUAGCAGCCUCAAACUAAGCCAUCUAAUGUGCCUGCUACAAACAGACUUAAACAAGUGGAUAUUCCUAGAACCUGUUCAGUGUACCUGUCUAACAGUGCUGACGAUUAGUUUGUACUAUACUCAUGCCUUUGUAUAUUUAAAUUAUUGUACUUAUUUUGUAAAGCAUGCUUCGGUCUCCAGUCUCCGUUAGUAACAGUGCAUUGAGUAGUACUGUACAAGUGUUGUGCUUAAUAGCAAGCCAUUCUAAAUAUAUUUUGGCCUUUAUUAGGUUCCCCCUCUCACAGGGUGGGGGAGAAAGAUGAAACUAUAUUUUGUUAAUUCUAAUAAUGUAAAAAAAAGUGUAAACUUCUUUAGUCCUGUUCUUCUGUAUGUUUGAGAGGUUUCAUUGCUAUGUAUGUAUAAUUCUGAAGUCUUUUGGAACAGAUGUCCUUCCUUGAGGCAGCUUUCUGUUUUAUAACACAGAAGACUGAUUUCUGUCAAGAUAACUAAGCAUAUCUCAGUGUUUGUACCCUGACUCUGAUUCUAAAACAUUUCAAAGAGGUGUACAAAUGUCGAGAAAUGUGGCGGAAUUUUAAAAAAACAACUAAAUGAUUGAUGAUUAUUAUUAAUAAUAAAGAAAUAUACAUUUAGUCCAAAGUCGAUAUUUUACAUAAAGCCUUUAAAAAGUAACAUUUUAAUUCCAUCUGUAGAUUUUUUUUCUAUCUUUAUAAAAUGUUUGGAUGUGGAUAAGACUAGGGGAUGUAACUAGACCAAACUAAGCUAACGGAUUGCAUGUAAAAAGCAACUUGUGUUUUUGUCUAUAUUGCUCUUUUGUAGCCGUUCUACCUGUACAGAAUGGCUGGUAGGGUGAGAGCCAUGUCUCCCAUGUGCACAAACAAGCAGUCUUUUAUUGAAGCCUUUCUCCUUUGUCAGUCACUUAAAAAUGGUGUACAUUUUUGCAUAAAAUAAGUUAGGAUUGACCAUGCACACAAUUUUACUCCAUUGAUUUAACUCCAUUGACAACUGACUUAACUUCAGAUUUAUUGGGAGAUUUGAAGUUCAAAAUGUUCAACGACAGACUAGGCAAGGCAAUGUCUUAUUUAUAAAACUUGAGCAUUUAGUUUAAAGAGGAAAUCUGCAGUUGAUUGCAUACAUGUUUUCACUGUGUGAUGUAUAGCCAUGGAUUAUUGAAUAAUAUAACUUAAAUGCCUCAUGACCUUAGUUGUACCCAAUUACAACCCAAAAUAUAAGCAUGUUUUACUCCAAAUGUUUGUAAACAAAAGUCAAUGUUAACACCGCUUCAAAACAUGGUUAAAACUGGUUCUGAUUUCAUGGAUGGUCUGUCAGUAUACGUGUAUGGAUACAAGAUCUUUAUCUGACCCUGCUUCUCACAGGAAAAUAAUCCUGCAGCAACAGGAAAUGUGAAUUAUGUGUAUUUUAAUUAAUGGACAUUUUUCUAGAGGUUGAUACAUUUUUUGGUUAGGGAAAAUCAAGUCUGAAAUGUUAGUGGAAAUUACUGACUUUAGAUACCUUUACAAUUUGCAUUUCCUGCUGUGCAGGAAAAUUAUUUACGACAAAGUGAUCAAAUUUAGAUAGCAGCUCUGUAGCUCUUGUCUAUAAAUUUGAGUGUUCAAAUUUCUCGGCCCCCUUCCCUUAGCAGUUUACCAAAACACGUGGCAGAAGUGUUGCUUUGUUAUUGCUUUAUUGUUUGAACUGUGGAUAUCCACUUAACUCUUUUAAAUUUGAAGUACAUUUGGAGUACAGUAUUUUUGAAGUACUAGGAAACCUACUUGUUUGACUAUUUUUUUCACUGUACACAUUUCUUGUGGAACCAAAUGAUCUAAAUUAAAUACAUUUCCCUUUUCUCAGGGUGCAUCGAUCACAUUUGAUCCUUCUAUUCAUCCUCCUCUCUUUCCUUGUCCUUU